AUGGAUUAUGUGCAGGCGAACAUUGUUGUGGUGUUUACUCUCUUCUGCUUCUCUUAUCUAGUGAUAACCAUCUCCAGGAGUCGACAAAGAGAAAAGAGCAGCCCACCCGAGCCAAGCAAUGCAUGGCCAAUCAUCGGCCAUCUCCGCGUCCUGGCCGGACCCGAGCCCCCUCACCGAGCCCUGGCUGCCUUGGCCGACAAACACGGUCCGGUUUUCGCCUUCCGAAUCCGAUCCCACCGCGUGGUGGUGGUGAGCAGCCCCGAAAUCGCAAAGAAUCUCUUCACCGUCAACGACACGGCCGUCUUAUCCCGCCCCGCGCUCACCAGCGCCAAGUACAUGUCCUACGACUUCGCCCUAUCCGGGGUCGGACCGUACGGCGCGUAUUGGCGCCAAAUGAGGAAGAUACAAAUGGUGGAGCUACUCUCCAACUCCCGCCUGGAGCUGCACAGGCACCUGAGAGAAUCUGAAGUCGAGGAAUCGGUCAAGGGUCUCUCCACCGCAAGAAUGAUUGUAGGGAGGCAGAGUUGCUCUGCCGAUGCACGUGGUGGUGAGGACGACUCUCGAUUUAUGGUAGCCAUAGAUGAGUUUUUCCGUUACCUGGGGAUGUUUGUGGUGAGAGACGCGAUCCCUUGCCUCGGGUGGAUGGAUAUCGGCGGCCAUGAGAAGGAGAUGAAGAAGGUUGCCAAAGAAUUGGACCACCAUCUUCAGGCAUGGUUGAUUCAACACAAACGGAACCGAGUAGCAGCUCCAGGCCUGGAUCCAUCCGAAACAAGGGAGCAGGAUUUCAUGGAUGUUCUUCUCUCUGUGGUUGAUGAAGAAUCCCACCACGGAUAUGAUCGCGAUACAGUCAUCAAAGCUACGUCAAUGAGUAUGAUUGUAGGGGGAACAGGUACAACCACCGCGGCUGUGACAUGGGCAAUCGCUCUACUGCUGAACCACCGCCAUGUGCUGCUCAAGGCACAGGAAGAGCUCGAUCGAUGCGUCUCCAGGGAAAGAGUAGUGACCGAAGAAGACAUUGCCAAAGUUCGCAAAGGCACGUGGCUGAUGGUGAACGCCUGGAGGAUCAAUACCGACGCAGAUGUUUGGGCCGACCCGACGGAGUUUAGGCUGGAGAGGUUUUUGACGACCCACAAACACAUUGACGUGAAGGGGCAGAACUUCGAGUUGUUUCCGUUUGGGAGCGGGAGGAGGUCUUGCUCUGGGAUGAAUUUGGCCCUCCAGAUGGUGCUUUUGAUGCUGGCCAGUUUCCUACAUGCAUUUGAGAUUUCGACGCUGGGAGACAAGCCGGUGGACAUGAGGGAGAGCGUCGGACUCACUAGCAUCAUAGCUGGGUCGCUUGAUGUUGUUGUUACUCCACGUCUGUCGCCCAACGUUUACGCGUAG